GUUAUUUUGAGCUAGAGGUGGGAUCCACUUGAACAGUAGUUCCUUCUUUAUCAAGCUAAAAGGAAAUUUCUGGCUUUAUUUGUGUUUAUAAAUUGACCCACUUGGAAGCGUUUGGAGUACAGCACUGUCAAGCAAAGCCAAGCCAAGCCAAGGAAUUGAAUGUGAGACAGCAACCGUAUAGCAUGGCAGGAUCAAUGGAUGCGCGGCAGGUGGGAUACGGAUUCAAACCGACGGAUGAGCAACUCGUUGGUCAUUUCUUAAAAAAGAAGCUCAAAGGACAAAUGGAAGGUAAUUGCGCAAUUCCCGAGCUAUACAUCUACAACUGGGAGCCUCCGGAUUUAUUUUUCCUAUACGAUGUGUUUUCAAGUGAAUCAUCAGAUGAACCCGAGUGUUUCUUCCUUUGUCCCCGUGGUCGUCAGAGGAAGACCCAGUUGGGAUUUUGGAAAGAGACGAGUAAAAAGCGUGUUAUCCAAGCACCGGACACCGGUAAGCCAAUGGGGACCAAGAGGAUUUUGGUUUACUAUGAAGGUCAACAACCAAAGGGCCGCAGGACUGAUGUGGCCAUGCAUGAAUAUCACCUAAAUUCAGAUGUUUCAGAUAGUGAAAUUUCGGACCCGACGCCGUUGGUUCUCUGUCGGAUAAUAAACAGGAAAGGUAAGAAAGCAAAGUCAGCAACAGCGAGUGCUUCUACCGAUUUAAGCGGCCUGAGUAAUCCGAAUAGUGCACAGGCAACUCCAGGAGUAAUUAUUGAAUCCAACAAUCCAACCGACACAUUGUAUACUGGUUUACCCAACUGGAACAUGCCUAUUCCUGAUCAGCAGCUUCAAAUGUGCAACGAGCAACAUUUGUCUAAUGUUGAUAAUCGGUAUGUUGACGGACAUAGCGAUGGACGAUGUUAUAUGCCAUAUUCUUUGAGCGACGGCAUGGAUCUCACGGAUUUCUUGAACUUUGAAGAGAGCACAGGGCAGACUCAAACGUGCAAAGAGCAACAUUUCGGAAGUGAUGAUAAUCGCCAUGUUGACGGACCUAGCGACGGACAUCAUUAUAUGCCAUAUUCUCCAAGCAACGGUAUCAGUCUUGAGGAUCUCUCGAACUCCGACAAGAGCAACGAUUCGUAUGCCAAACUACAUCAUGCGUAGAUUAUGCUCUAUAGAUUAGUUGUUAAUCAUGAUAAUGGAUUGCCAGUGUUUGGUGGUCCUUUAUAGAUGUUAAUCUCAGCCUAGCUUGUUAUAUCAGUGAUAAUGCUAUGUACCAACUAUGCUUCUCUGAGGAUGGGACGUUAUAUCAAUCUUGUAUGCUUGUAUAUUGUAGUAUUACUUUUUCAUCACAUUU